AUGGGUUUGCUUUCCAUCCCCCACACCAGCCUGCGGACCUUUGGGGACAGAGCGUUUAGUGUGGCAGCCCCCACCCUUUGGAACUCUAUUGCAGCAGAGAUCCACAACACUGCUUCUUUGGGCAAUACUAAGGCCUAUGAUCUUUUCAAACUGGCGGCGCCGGAGGACACCGAUUGCUGGGAUCACGUGAUCCAUCUUCAGUUGUCAAGCUCGGGGGACUGGGCACCCUGUGACACCCAGAGGGUGGAGAUCCCCAGAAGAGAGAUGGAGGUAAUUAAGGGCCAAAUGGUGGUGUUGCAGGCCUGGUACAGCCCCACCUCAGACAUUGCCAAAAACUCGAUCAUUUGGCAGUUCUCUGGUAAUGAGUCCAAACAGGUGAUAAACUACAGCGCAGGUGAAGUAGGGCACGGCCAGAACGAGUUCACCAACCGAGUUGGUUUCAGUGUGGCCAUGCCCUCCGCCAACCUAUCCAUCUACAUCAACAACACCCAAGAGUCGGACUCGGGGCGCUACAUGUGCAGCGUUAUCAUCCCCGGAGGCGCUGGCAUCCUCGGAGAGAUGAGUCUUAAUGUCAAAGUUUGUACAAUGACGGGCAGUCCGGUGCUGAAGGGCAACGUGACUCUGAGCUGUAAGUCGAGUCAUGGCAAGCCUGUCCCUCAGUACAAGUGGACCAAGGCUGCUCCCAUGUCGGAGGUCUUCUUCUCUCCAAUGCAAAAUGAGCGGCAAGGCACCCUCCGGCUCAGCAACCUCACCAUGGGCAUGUCGGGGAAGUACGUAUGCCGGGCCAGCAACACCGCUGGCUCGGACAGCUGCUCCAUCAACCUGGAGGUUAUCACCUCUUCCAACGCCGGUGUGAUCGCGGCAGCCACACUGGGGUCCAUUGUGGGGCUGGUGGCCAUGGUGCUUUUCCUAAUCUUCAUACUGAGGAGGAAGAGGGACACGGAGGAGGAGAUCGCCAAUGAAAUAAAGGAGGAUGCACAGGCACCAAAGCGAGUGUCUUGGGCAAAGAGCAACACAGGCUCAGACAUCGUUUCCAAGAACGGCACGCUGUCCUCAAUAGCCACCAGUCCCCGGCCACGAGACCCCCAUCAACCCAAUUUCCACUACCCCUAUUCCCCGACGCUGGUCUCUGAGCCGGGCUCGGUCAUCAACGCCUACCAGCUGCGCCCCGGCGAAGCCAACACCCUCCAGGGACUUCCUGGGUACACCCUCGGCGGGACCCCUUUACGUAAGCACAAGCGGCCUCCCAGCAUCAACGGGGUCCCUCCUCAGGCCCUCCGGAGUCCCAGGGCCACUGUCUCAAACAGGACUGAGGGCGCCCAGCCUCAGGCGCCGCAUCCGCUCACGGUGUCGCCACAGACCAGCUCGUCGUCGCUGAUGCGCACGGGAACCGUCGCCGUCCUGGUGCCCGCCCAGAGCCAAGCUGGCUCACUGGUGUAG